GAUGACCGAUACGUCUAAAAUUAGACAAGAAAAAGGGAUUUCUUUUUACGUGGGGAAAAAGGUUUUUUAUCAAGAUUACAUUACAACACACAAGAAAAGCAAGCAUCAGCAGUAUAACAUUUGGGUCGGUCUAAAUUCCAAUAAACCCCCAAAUCCAAAAUCAAAUCAAAUCAAACCCUUCUCCCAAAUCCAAAUUGACCCCUAAAUCCCAUCUGGGUCAUCACCGUUUCAACUAUACCCACUGAUCUACACAAGUUUCUUCAUUCUUCAACAUUAAUCAGAGAUGGAGGGUGGUGGGUUUUUGUCUGAAGCAGAGAAGCAAACAAUGGUGUCCACUUUUCUUGAAAUUACUUCUGCUCACACCUCUGAAUCCGCUACACAGUUCUUGCAGGCGACAGGCUGGAAGCUCGAAGAAGCUAUUCAAUUGUAUUAUGUACAAAUGGAAUCCGGUGGUGCUUCCUCAUCUCCGUACAUUCCGCCACAAGAUAACGAAGCGUUACCGUCGGAUCAAAAUUUAGGAGUGGCGGAAAAUGAAGCGGGAAUCGAAAAUGUUGUAGACAAUGAUGGAAGCGAGGUUCGUGCACCUCUACCAGUUAAAAGAGACGUUCUAUACGACACAUCAAUACUUCACAGAGGAUCAAGAUUGGGCGUGUCUCCACAUGAACCUCGUGCAACGGUUCCCUUUCGUAAUUUUGACGAGGAAUUAAAACGGCCCGGAGUCUGGGGAGCCGUUCCAGGUUCCACAUCAGCCGCACAACCUUCUCGAGAGAAUCUUGCUUCAAUGUACCGUCCUCCUUUUGCUUUGAUGUUCCAAGGACCAUUUGAAAAGGCAAAAGAAGCUGCUAACAGGCACGACAGAUGGCUCAUAGUGAACGUGCAAUCUACAAGGGAAUUCAGCUCACAUACGCUUAACCGUGAUACUUGGGCUAAUGAGGCUGUUGCUCAAACAAUCAGCUCUAAUUUCAUUUUCUGGCAGGUAUUUGAUGACGUUGAAGAGGGCAGCAAGAUAAUUACAUACUACAAGUUGGAUUCGGUUCCCGUUACUCUUGUAAUCGACCCUAUCACGGGUCAAAAAAUGCGCUUAUGGCGUGGAAUGAUCCAACCAGAAAGUUUAUUGGAGGAUUUAUUACAAUUUUUGGAUGCUAGCCCGAAGGAUCAUCAUCUCAGCUUGUCGCAAAAACGUCCAAAAGAGAGUUCUCACUCUUCGCCUCCCAAAAUCCAGGAUGAAACAAAUGAAGAAGAUGAUGAAAUGAAACUGGCAUGUGCGUUAUCGAUGGAAGGUAGCGGUGAUGGGGUUUUAAAAGACUCGGGUGCCGAUAAAGAGGUCCCGCAGAAAGAAAAACAUGAUUAUCCACCAUUGCCUGAAGAGCCCAAAAGUGGCGGAAGCUCAGUUUGUCGGGUCGGGGUCCGCCUUCCAGACGGACGAAGGGUUCAAAGGAAUUUCUUUCGCUCUGAUCCAAUUCAGUUGCUGUGGUCAUUCUGUGCUGCAAACUGUGGUAAUGAGAAGCCAUUCCGGUUGACUCAUGCGAUUCCGGGGGCUGUGAAAGACUUGGAUUACGACAGCAAGUUAACGUUUGAAGAAUCCGGUGUGGCGAAUUCGAUGAUUUCGGUUACUUGGUUGUGAAGGGUUGGACUGCUGCAACAAUGUGUGUGUUGGUACCUGCAAAUGUUGUUUUUUUCUGCUUUUGGAUCGUUUUUUUUUUUCUAGUAUGUGUAUAAUACACCUGUUGGGUUACUAAUUAUGACUCAAAGAUGAAAAUGGUCUAAAUUAUGAACCUUUUGUAGAUC